AUGAAGUGGACAACAUCAAAUUUGAAAAACCCUAAUUAUAAUGAAAACCACGAGCUCUACGUCGGCACAAGUACGGGCUCCUUUAAAAGAUUUGUGCCCAAUGUUGAGGAGAAUCCGUUUGCCCAACGUAAUUUAUAUGACAUCAACCAACUAGAAAAAGAUGAUAGGGUUACAGCUCUGUCUUUUGGGAAUGACUGCUCUGAAAUUUUAAUUGGGCGCGCCAAACAGAAUGCUCAGCUGCAUUCAUUGCAUACCGAUAAAAUAGAGCGCACCAUCGAUUUUAAAUUUGCCCCCGUAGUGGGUUUGGCACGCUUUGACGAAUAUUUAGUGGCCGGCUUUUCAAAUGGCCAAGUGCAGCGCAUAUCACUAGAAAAUAGCUCUGAAUCAGAGUUUGUGGUCAGUAGCGGCGACGACAUGGUACAUUUACGCCAAUGUCCUACAAGUCCCAACCUAGUAGCCACCGGAGGUAAAGGGCGUAAAAACAAUUUGAAGAUUUUCGAUAUGGCCGCCGAUGGUAAACAAUUGUUCAGCUCGAAAAAUUUGCCCAAUGAUUAUCUUCAGCUUGAAGUACCAGUGUGGGAUAGUGAUGUGGGCUUUAUAGAUUCACCGCAUAUACUGGCUACCUGUUCACGUUACGGUUAUGUUCGUGUUUAUGAUACCCGUAAGCAACGGCGUCCUGUUCAAUGCUUUGCUACCGAGGAGCAGAUGAGCUUUGCCACUCUGACAGCACAUGGGAACUACAUAUAUACCGGAACAACAAUGGGAGCUAUGAAGGCAUUUGAUAUUAGACGAAUGAAAACAUUCGUCCAUACUUACAAAGGCUUCACUGGCGCUAUCAGUGAUGUUUCACUAGAUAGCUCUGGCAAAUAUUUGGCCUCUGCUUCCUUGGAUCGAUAUGUCCGUGUCCAUCACGUGGACUCUACAGUCCUUCUCUAUCAAUGCUAUGUAAAGUCAAAGGCUACACGAAUCUUAAUACGAGAAUCAGCGGGAAGCCUCAACUGUGCUCCAAAUGAUGAGACAGAAAAAGGCUUGGUUGAGAUUGAAAGUAAAAGCUCAAAAGCCAAUGAUGAGGAUCAAAAGCGUUAUGAACCAGAAGAUAAGGAGUACGAGGACAUGUUUAAGAAUAUGCAAACAGUUUGUGAAAUUGAAGAUAAUGAUGAAACUGAAGGGGAAACAGAAUCAGCCGAAGAUACAGAAAAUAAUACGAAAACCGGAUAUAAACGAAAAGCUGAGAAGCAUGUUGGUUUAAAACACUGCUUAUUCCUUGUUUUUGGAAUAUCUAUUUCACAAAAUUUAACGCAAUAA